AAACGAAUCGGUUCACGAAAACGACUCGUUUGUGAAUCGGACAUCUCUACAGCCGAUAGUAGAGCUCAGACAACAGCAUCAGUAGUUGAAUGAGACGGACUGAGAUCCAUACCGGCAAUAUUUCACACGACACAGCUGCUUCAUACAGCACCGGGCUUCAGUAUUCUCACGAGAAGACAAAUGCAAAAAUACUGAAUAAUAAUGGAUAAGCAAAUAUACGAUACAGAUACUUUUUUGCAUUUCACGCUUCCAUUGAUGAACAACUAGGAUCUUUUUUUUCCUUUUGCAGCAGGGCAGGGAUCUUUCAUGUGCAAUUUGUCGGAUUAGUCUGGACGGACUCUCUGUUACAAAAUAUUCGUGUUUAGUCUACUCUUGUUUUUUAAAAAUGAGCGUGCAUUGGAUUCAUAAUCCUGUACCGGGAAGACACGGACACAAGCGCUUUGACACAGAUGAGCCCGUAGCGAAAUGUCCCAGGCUGAGCGAGUCGUCGGGUGAUGCGGGUCUGCUGGGUUCAUCACCCGGAUCUCCGGUCAGCGGAGCGCCUCUGAGCGUCAGCCCAACCCAUCAGUGUCCCGCUCACAUCGGCCAGUUUCUGCUGGUGCCCCUGACCGAUCGACCGGGGGUGCACAGCGCUUUAGAUAUGGACACGGGAGAGGAACUAGUCUGCAAGGUGUUUAAUAUGGGCCAGUACCAGGAGAAAAUCAGAGCCUACAGCAUGCUGUCAAGGCAUAAAAACAUUGCAGAGAUCAAAGACAUAGUUCUUGGAGAGAGCAAGGCCUACGUGUUCCAGGAGAAAGAUUUUGGAGACAUGCACACCUUUGUAAAGAGCAGCAAACGGCUUUCUGAAGACCUGGCCUCCAAGCUUUUCUACCAGGUGGCAUCUGCCGUGAACCACUGCCACCAGGGCGGCGUUGUUUUGGGGGACCUUAAGCUACGCAAGGUUGUGUUCUCAGAUGUAAAAAGGACCCAUUUGAAACUGGAGGGCCUAGAGGAUUGCCGUAUACUAUCCGGAGAGGACGACUCGAUGUUCGACACGCACGGAUGCCCGGCGUACGUGAGCCCUGAGAUCUUGAACGGCGGGGGUAGCUACUCGGGCAAGCAGGCGGACUCGUGGAGCCUCGGGGUUAUGCUGUACACGAUGCUGGUGGGCCGCUACCCCUUUCACGACCCGGACCCGGCAACCCUGUUCUCCAAGAUCCGACGGGGCGCGUACUGCCUUCCAGAGGGGUUGUCCAUGAAGGCGCGAUGUCUGCUUCGCAGUCUGCUCAGAAGGGACCCCGGAGAAAGACUCACCUCUGCCGAGGUGCUCAUUCACCCGUGGUUCCACGAAAACACACAGGACACAGGAAACGCAGAACAGGAAGUCAAUAGCAGAGAACAGGCAGUGCCGCAGAUUGAAGUCGAGCAGGACGAGGACCUUUUCUCCUGAGAAAACCAAUAUGCUGUAGCUUAAACAUGGACCAAACAUUGUCUUAGUAUUUGUUGUAUGUGUGUGUGUGUUUCAUUUUCUAAUACAUUUUCUAAGAAGUAUCCUCAGUGAAUACUUAAAGUACUGUAUCAUCUGUGUCAGGUUUAGGGACAGCGUGCAGUCAGCCGGUAUAUUUUGAAGUCUUUUGGUGCUAGUGAACCGUUUUUUGUUGCUGCGACUGGGCAUUAAUACGAAUGUCGACAUGGUGACUAACCUCACGGGGUAACAUAUUAGCUUCAAAGGAGGGGGAGGACAGACGUGGGCCACUUUAAACAUGGCCAUGUAUGUUGACUCACUCGUUGAAUACUGAAUAGUACCAUAGGUGCAUGUCUCCGGUAAUACAAGGGGACUGAAGAUCACAAGAAAAUAUUCAUGAAUAAGCUGUUGUAAAUCAGCAUUACUGUGUGCCAUUGUCACUUAAGCCUGCCAAACUGUACAGGAAAGGCGAAAGUGAUAUGUCAGCCAUUGAUCUUUAAGAUUUUUGGUAUUGUAAGCUAUACUCAAAUAUCACUCUUGUACAACUACCAGAAGCAUAAAUGUGAUGGUAAAGGACAAAGAUUUAAAAAAUACAUUGUUCCAAUAAACAAACCUAGACAGAUAAGGUAAAUAUUGUAAAUAAGAUCUUUAAAGGUUUUUCACAGUCUCACGUGUGUCUCCUAUAAAUCAGAUCUCAACAAUCAGAGAUUUCGGUAAGAUUUUUUAUUUUAUAGCCCAAUACUCGACUGUUCUACAUUCAUUUUAUUUCUCAAUUGUUCCUGAGGCAUUUAAUGAGAAACAUCUGAGACAAAGUUGAUACUUAAUCAAAGAUGAUAUAGGCAAACCCUAAGCAAUACAGUUUUUCAAGACAAAAAAAACUUCAGUAGAUCCCUUACCCUGCUUUACCUUAAUCUGUCUUGUCCUGCCAGUCAAGCAUUCAAUAACAUACGGAUUCAAUAUUGCAGGUCAGUUGUUAUUGCGGAUAAGAUAAAGACAAGAAUGACUCAACAGCUGGGUGUUGGUGUACAAAAGAGGAAUGGACUGAGAUUGCCAUGUUCAGUAUGACUAAGUCUGUGUAUCUUUACUCUUACUUUAAAGAAGAGAGAACAGUACUACAGUAGCGUAACUGUAAGGGCAGAGUUCCCACAGAGGUCUGUUUUUUUUUUUUUUUUUUUUGCUUCCUCUCGCAUUGUUACCUCUGAAUGCAAGCAUAAUAGUACCAUGCGACUUUUAUGCUUUCUGAAAGGCUCUUUAUAGGCAAAGCCUCUGUUUGUCUGGAGGGCAUGCAAAGUGUCUGUCUCAUGCACGCAGCACAUGGAGAAAGCUGACACGGGUGCACAAAGUUCAUAUUGCACUGUGAAUUAUGUAUUUGUGACAUAAACCUCAAGGGUUGACCGGGAGGGUGUAAUGGUUAUUCGUUGUAAAUAUGUACAUUUUAAGUGUAUGGAUGAAAUGAAAUAAAGAUCACAAUUUUUCUUAUUUAAA